AUGCCCAUAGUCGGUUGGAUGUUCUACUUUAAUGAUGCCAUCUUCCUGGAACGAAACUGGCAGCAGGACGAGCAGACGAUCAAAGAAAAGCUAGAGCGGCUGAAGCGCUCAAAGAUGCCCUACAAGCUGCUCAUUGCCCCUGAAGGGACUCGCUUCACUGCUGAGAAGUACAAAAUCUCGCAGGAGUUCAUUGCCAAGCACGGCCUGGACGUCAAACUGAAACACCACUUGUGCCCGCGAGUGAAGGGAUUUGCGGCCACUCUCAGACAGAUGAAUGCAAAGAACGACCCGCACUUUUCAAUGUACAACAUCGAGCUCGUCAGUCAGGUCGAUGAGAAGUACGCAGAGCCGACAAUAGAGAACUUCUUCAAGGGAAAGUCAUUCCGCGGCGAUUUCUUCGUGGGCAAGAUUGCCAACUCCGAAGUGCCGGAACCUGAUGCCGACGAUCUGGCGUACGCAGACUUUCUCUACCGAACCUUCGAGAAGAAGGACGCGUUGGUGGAGCUGCACCAGCAGUAUCACAAGUUUCCCGGAACGGUGGUCAAGCAACAAUCAAAUUAA